AUGUCCCGCGAAACCUCUCCUCAGAGCGAUAUGCCUCGCUACACCCUCUGUCUGGUGUCGCACUCAAGGACCCCGCCGUUACACCCUGAGCCACGCCUCAAGUUUGAUCUUCGCUCUGUCCCGAACCCCUCCCGCGCAUUACGUCAAAGCAUGACAGGCAAGCAUCGCGCUCUUCAGAAAGAACUCUUGCAGGACUCGGUCUUUUGCUCUGAGUUGGACCGCGCGCAUGGCAUCAUCAAAUCCGCUAUGGCAGAGUUUGAGCUCCAUCGACGUCAGCCUCCAAAGAACAACCCAGAAGAAGAAAUAACUGAGCCACCAACUCACGACGACGAGGAGCAGAGCGACGUCCUGUUGGUCGGCUGCUUUUGUGCCAAGGGGAAACACCGCAGCCCGGCCUUUGUCGAAUCCUUGAUGGCAACCGGAGAAUGGCCCGAUACUUGGGAUGUCAAGGCCAUCCACCGCGAGCUUGAAGAUGUGGAUUCGAAUCAGGCCUUGAUCAGCAAAAACAAGAAAAGCCGCAAGCCCAGAGAUCGAACGGCAAAACGAUCCGCUCAUUUUCACUCAACCGAACAAGAGCAGGAAGGACUAUGGGAAGACUGA